AUGUAUCAAAGUAUGCCAAGUCUUGGCCUUGCACGAAUUCCUCCUCCGCUGCCAUGGCCAGACAUCGGUCAGAUGGCCAAAUGGUCUGUCUCAUCCUUCAAAUUCGGCUUCGGACCUGAAUGUCUGCAAGAUGGCGACCCUGAGACAUUUUGGCACUCUGAUGGUCCCCAGCCGCACUUCAUUACUAUUGAAUUUCCGCGUAAAGUGGCAGUACAAAAAUUAAGCAUUUACCUGUGCUUCCCUCUUGAUGAUUCAUACACACCUGCCACUAUUGCUGUACGUGCAGGAACUGGACCUCUUGACCUGCAAGAUUGCAGAGUGGUGUCUCUUGAGAAGCCUGAUGGGUGGUUCACCUUUGAUGUUUCAAUGGAACCUCUUGGUGAGGAUGGUGAGGGCUUCAAACCCAUAUAUGCCUAUGUUCUCCAAGUGAUCAUUGUUGCCAACCACAUGAAUGGAAAGGAUACCCAUGUGAGGGGCUUGCGUGUCCUUGGUCCAUUAGAUGACACUGAUGAUCCCUUUCCAUUUGUUUCAUCAAACUUUACAAUGUACAAGUGCAUACGAUAA